AUGCAGCUCAUCAACCUCCUCGCAGCCACAGGCCUCGCCUCCGCCGCAGUCAUUGAGCGUGGCGCUUCCGUCAAGCAGGAAUACUACCUCAAGACCCACGUCAAGAGCGGCUACAACAGAUUCGAUAACCUAUACCUUGAAGCCUACCACACGGGCGCAGGUCUCAACGACGCAACAUUCAACAAAACCACUUCCACAGCCGCAAAGGGAUAUCUCGCCAACCCAGUCUAUGGGCACUCUUCAGCUACUUACAACCAACAAUUUGACCUCUUUGGUUAUGGCUACCAACUCGAAGUCGACUUUUCCCAAGUCCCAUACUCGCAAUGGCAGCCCGUGAGAAUCAACGCCGGAACUCAUGGGAAUGAGACUGGGAACUCGGGAUUCCAUACUUUCCUCACUCGUGAUACUGAGACGUUAGUGUGGGAUUCGGAGCCUCAGAAUUCCGAAUCUGCUGAUAAGAGUGGGCAGUUGUUUGGAGGUUGGAUUGUUUGUGACUGGUGGCACGGUGUGCCGCAGCUGUUUGUGAAACUUUAUCAGGACACGAAGAUUACGCUGCCGGAUACUUGUGCCGAGGUGGACUUGGUCAUGGAGAAGAUAUCGAAGAAGUAG